ACAUUGCGUUUCAUUAGCAGUGCGGUAUUAACAUCAUCACCAAGAUGCCAGUGUCUCCUGCGAUGAGAAAACGCGUCGACCGUUGCUAAAACACGCUCGACUGCGCGCGUUAUGGCUCUGUACCACGAGCUCGUGUUUGCUUUUGAUGGCCGUCUAUUUAAAAAACAUUAUGUCGCGAAUAUUUCCUCUUGUCUGUCAGGAUUUGGUAUGCGACAAGUUGCUUACGACUCUCUAUCUCUCUCCCUUUUCUCAAACACACACAUACUUACUCAGGGGGUAAGGGAAGGGAUAGACAGAGGCAGCGAAGGGUUGAGGCGCGGGCGGGGGAGACGCAGUCGCGCACACGCAUUGGCUACACGCGCUGUAGACAAAUCCGUGCUCGAGUGACGUGGGGACGUGUGCGCGUUGAAUAUAUCCUCUAUACUAUCUAUCUUAAUAGCGAUUCACAUUUGUAACUUGUGUUUGUACUGUUUGACGACCCUUAAAAGCGUCGGUUACUGAGCCGAGCACGUUUUUGCCUGUGUUUUUUUUGUAACUCGUUUAUAGUCUCGUUCUCUUUAUACGCAAUUAUUUCUCUGUUCUUCUUUGGGAGUGCGACGGUCUGCAAAUAUGAGACUAACUAAACCGGUUCUUGAUCAGCAAUGACCAGCACUAAAAGCAACUAAGAUUAUUUACACACGAGAGGCAUCACAGAGGCCAUCACAAGAUUCCCCAGUGCAGCUGAUCUGUGUGAGCAGUAGAGAAAGAGGAAGCAUAAACGAGUGCAAGAAGGAGAAGAGGCGUGCGUGAGGACAGUCGAUGGAUGCUGCCCGGAUUGAAGGGACAGCGCAUUCUCAUCUGACGAGGAAAAGAAAGAUUUCAAAAUUGAGUCGAAGGACAGAAACUCGCCGUCAGGCAUGGUGUGUGAGAAGGGCAUUCAGAUCCUUCUCACCAUCGUGGGUGCUUUUGCAUCCUUCGGCCUGAUGACGGUGGCUAUCGGCACUGACUAUUGGCUCUACUCGCGGGCGCUCAUCUGCAACAGCACCGCCAAUAACACACAAGAAGAUCCCCAUAAUAAGGACAAGAAAGACCCCGGUGCCCUGACGCACUCUGGCCUAUGGAGGAUCUGUUGUCUGGAGGGGGUAAAGCGUGGCGUGUGUUCCCAGAUCAACCACUUCCCAGAAGAUGCUGACUUUGAUCAUGAUGGAGCAGAAUACGUUUUGCGAGUGGUCCGGGCCUCCAACAUCUUUCCCAUUCUUAGCGCUAUCCUGCUGCUAAUGGGAGGGGUCUGUAUCGCAGCCAGUCGUUUCUACAAGAGCAAAAGGAACAUUGUGCUGGGAGCUGGGAUUUUGUUUGUAGCUGCUGGCCUGAGUAACAUCAUUGGCGUGAUAGUCUACAUUUCUGCAGCACUGGGUGACAUUUCUCCGAAGAAAGAUGAGGAUAAGAAAUGGCAAUACUCAUACGGCUGGUCUUUCUACUUUGGUGGGCUGUCUUUCAUUCUGGCUGAGAUGGUGGGCGUGCUGGCGGUGAACAUCUACAUCGAAAAGAACAAGGAGCUUCGCUGUCGCUCUCGCACAGAUAUCUUCAAGAGCACCACUAACGCCAUGCUACGGCUCCCGAGCUAUCGCUUCCGCCGCAGAUCGCGUUCCAGCUCUCGAUCCACCGACCCCUCCCGCUCCCGAGACCCAUCCCCCGUGGGUGGCCCUCCUGGGAGCAAGAACUUUGGAAUGCCCCCCUCUGCUUUACUCUCCCAGGGGCCCAUUUCUGUUUCCACCCUACCCAAUCCCCACUCCCGCUCUGCCAAUCUGCCAGGGGGCGAUAUUUCUCUUUACACCCUCUCCCGAGAGCCCAAACUGGGGGGUUUGGGAGGGCUGGGUGCCCCUCCGCUGUACGGCACGGUGGACCGUGCCACACUAUACCAGCUGCAUAAUUGCUUCCCCAAAGAGAGCGUAGGGGGCGGAGGUAGCAUGAUGAUGAGCGGGACGCUACCUUCGCUCAAAUCCCACAAUCCUUCAGCUGUCCAGAAUUCCUCCAACUCCAAUGCUCCGCUCAGCAACUCCGUCCCUUCCUCUCAGCCUCCAGGGAUGGGUACGCUGGAUAGGUUAGGGAAAGGUGACCGAGAGAGUAACUCCAACACGCUAAACAGAAAAACUACACCAGUUUAGACAGAAUGUAAAAUGGAGCUAGGGGAAAUUCAUAAAAUGCAAAAGCGAGAAAUAACGUAGAUUGAAAGACUGGUAGAUGACUAAAGGAAAUGCAAACAAGGGAUUUCCUUUAGUCAGUUUUGACAAAUAUUUCACUUUAAGAAAAGUUGGGAAUAAAAGAAAGAUAAACAGCUUGUAAUAACAACAACACUCAUGUUGUUUUCAUUACUGUUUCAAAACAUGCUGUUUUAACUUAAAGACACAAUAAUCAUGGGAUACUGUGAAUUUUAUUAUUUUCUUUAAUAAUGUGAAAUUUCAAGAUGGUGAAGUGUUGUUGUUAUUAUGACUAGGUUUAAAAACAGCUAGAUUUAGAGUUUCGGAUGGUUCUAGUUUAAAACUAGAAAGUAGAUUUUGAUUUUCAAACAUUUUGACUGUGAUUCCAAAACGUUAUACUGAGCACUGCAGAAACAUGAGUGUAUUCAAUAUGUAUGUGAGAAUGAGAUUAUUAUUAUUAUUAUUAUUAUAACUAACUUUGUGAGAAGCAUUUUAUUUAUUUUAAAGAAAGUUUUAUUUUCUACCCUUUGAUAACAUGCAAUUUAGUGUGUAAUAUCUGUCUUCCAGCUCAACAAACAGAUCAGCGUAAUUCAUGGACUGAACCAACGAAGUGUUCAAAUGUAAAAGAGUUUUGUAUAAACCGACCAUCAUAUUUUUGUUAUAAGCAUUGCUAGCAGUAGAAAGUAGCACUUGUCGAAUUGAAAAUCUUUGUUUUGGGGCAUUAACACAGUUCCACACUUGGACAAAGUGCGAGAGAGGAUAUAUUUGUAUAAAGUGGUGAGAUUUAGACUUCUUUCCAAAACUGUGCUUUUAAAAAGGUCGGGAUACCUAAAGGGCAAUUCGAACCAUCGUAAAAUGACAGGUUCAUGGUUGAUGAGAGAAAAUUUUGAAAUGCAAAUGUAUAUUAAGCAAAACUGUAUUUGGAAAAUAGACACUUUCUUUAAAAUCAAAAUAGUAUAGCUAGGUUGGGGGUCUUUAUGUAUCGGGAAGGGCAGAACGGGUGGGAGGGACUUUUUAAAUACGUAUGAGGACACCGUCUUCCUUGAGCUCUGAUUGGGCUACACUCGUAUGUUGGGGCAUGCCCUGUGUAGUUUGUGUUUUCCCUCCAUUGUGUCAUGUGAUCAUGACAGCGUCCCAAAGGCAAAGCUCCCUCUAAAAAAAAAACUUUCACUGUGCUGCACUUGACUCCCUUUUACAUUUAUGCUUCUCUGAAUAAGAGACUAUAUAAGUGAACAUUCUGCUAACCUUUAACCUUUAUUCCAUGAUCAAAGCCAACAAGGUCAACAUGGGACAUUACGUUACAGAGUGCAAAAUGGGCAUCAAACCACACAAUCUACUGUGGGAGUCUUUUUUAAUUCAUCAAAAAUAUGACAAACUACACACAGACAGCAUUUAUGUGGUCAGUUAUAGUAUGUAGUGGAGAAUAGAUAUAUUUAGGAAAAAAAAUGGUUUAUCUUAAUGUGUGAUAAACUCUAACACUGUAUUGCACGAAUUUUAUACAUAAAAGAAACAAGAGACAAUC